GGCCUCGCCGCUCUCUCCAUCCGAAAGCCAAAGCGAGUCUCACCAGUCAAAGAGCGAGUUCUAGUAGCUUUGCUGAUCUGUUCUGCUGUUUUUAGUUUGGAAAGCCUUUAGUUCCGGCGAUCAUGGAGGACGAGAGGAACACCCAGCACCACCAGGUCGGCGAGGCCCAGGAGAAGGCCGCCGAUCAGGUGGAGGUGAAGGACAGGGGCCUCCUGGACACUCUUCUCGGCAGGAAGAAGCCCGAGGAACACCAGGAGGAGGAGCUGGUGACCGGCAUGGAGAAGGUCACGGUGGCCGAGCCUCAGAAGCACGGCGAGCACAAGGAGGAGCACGAGACCGGGGAGAAGAAGGAGAGCCUCCUCGCCAAGUUGCACCGCACCAGCUCCAGCUCCAGCUCGUCGAGCGACGAGGAAGAGGAGGUGAUCGACGAGAACGGAGAGAUUGUCAAGAGGAAGAAGAAGGGCCUCAAGGAGAAGAUCAAGGAGAAGCUACCCGGCCACAAGGACCACGCCGAGGGCGACCACCACACGGCCGUGCCGGCCCCGGCGCCCGCGCCCGUGGGAACGCACGCUUACAAGGAGGAGGAGCACAAGCCGUACGGGGGCCCGGCGCCCGUGGGGACGCACGCUUACAAGGAGGACGAGCACAAGCCGUACGUGCCGGCCCCGGCUCCCCCGCCCGCGGUGGAGACGCACGUCCACCACCACGACCACGCCGUCGUCGUCCAGAAGGUCGAGGACGACUCCCCACCGGCGCCGGAGGAGGAGAAGAAGGGCCUCCUUGACAAGAUCAAGGAGAAGCUCCCCGGCGGCCACAAGAAGCCGGAGGACGCCGCCGCCGCCGCGCCCGCUGUCCACGCGCCAGCGCCGGCGCCGCACGCAGAGGACGUGAGCAGCCCGGACGGCAAGGAGAAGAAGGGCCUGCUGGGCAAGAUCAUGGACAAGAUACCCGGCUACAAGGGCUCCGGCGAGGAGGACCACAAGGCCGCCGCCGGCGAGCACAAGACCAGCUCUUCUUAAGAUGGCCCGCGCGUCGUGACCUUGAUCGGAAGCGUUUGUUUGCCGUGCGUUUGGUUCUGCUUUGCUUUAUUAAGUUUGUUUCAAGAUGGGAUUGCGCGGUCAAGGUCCGGUGUGUUGAGGCCCGGCCAGUACUGGUAGCGAGAGUAUUGCUGGCUUGCUGCUUGUGUUCGCUCUAGUUCGGGCUUUAGUUUGGUUCCGAGUCGGGGACUGGAAGUUGUUGGGUUUGUUGAAUUAUUAUCAGCAGUUGCGUCGGUAUUGUAAUUGUAAUUCGGCUGGGCUACCUGGGGAUUAUGCCUUAACAUUUAUAUCUUUGGUUUCUGCCUAGCAUAUAUAUUGUUGUCCCAUUGUGAUCUUUAUGUAUUAUAUCUAGAAACAUGAUGCCUAGUUACCCCAUUAUCUU